ACAGCAAUAAUUAAUACAAGGUCUGAAGACCAGAACAUGCUCCUCUUUGAGACUUUCACGAACAUUUGUGAUACAGCAUGUCUUUAAGCGAAAGGAAUACUGUUGUUUUUGCAUAUGAGUCUUCAGUACACAGUAUCAAUGUUCUGCUCAGCCUCGAUGAGCAGAGAAAGCAAGAUCUUUUUUGUGAUGUUACCAUCUUAGUGGAAGAUCAGCGAUUUCGAGCUCAUCGCUCUGUGCUUGCUGCUUGUAGCAGCUAUUUCCGUUCAAGGAUUGUGGGCCAGUUGGAACCCGAUCUUAUCAUUAUUUUACCUGAAGAGGUUACACUAAAAGGCUUUGAUCCUUUGCUUCGAUUUGCAUAUACGUCUAAACUUAUUUUAGAUAAAGAUAAUGUGGCUGAAGUUUGCAAGUGUGCAGAAUUCUUGGGAGUACAUGACAUUGAGGAAUCAUGCUUUCAAUUUCUAAAAUUCAAAUUUCUGGACCAUAAACUAGGCCGACAUGAAUACCAGAGAAAGAAGUGUUGUAAAUCACGCUGUCAAAAAGAGGAGCGUAAAGUAGAAGUUGCUGCUGAUAGCCAUCUGGAAAUAGAUGAUGUGAAUGAAAUUUUGCAAAAUGAAUGCAUUCAUCCUCAGAUGAAGAACUACAAAGGUGAAAAAAAUCCAGAAGUAUCUCUUCUACAGGACAGCACCAAUCAGACAUUUGAGUCUGAAUCAGAAAGGGGCCAGGGACUUGACUUCGCAUCCCUUUGUCCAAAAUACAGGAAGUUCCAAAAAGCUUUGGGGGGCGAUAAAGCCCCUACUCCGAAGUCCAAUUCCAGUAUUAAAGAAGUUCAGGUAACAUCUGCUGCACCUGUUCAUCAGAUUGAAUCAUAUACCAGUGGUGCUAUACAAAAAUCUUUUGAAUACGCAGCUGUGCCUCCAGACACAAAAUGUGAAGACGCUCAGGUAGAAAUGGAAGAAGAUGGGAAAGAAGAAUUCUCGAAACAGAAGGCUUCUGUGUUCCAGAGUACUGAAUGUUCUGCAGAGAAGUCAGUUUCUUUUUCUCCCCAUAAUUCUUCUGUGGCUACUCAUGGGCUUUAUUCCACUGCUUUCUUGAACACAUGUGAUCAAGACUGUGACUUGACCCUGAGUGGUAUGCAGAGCAAUACAGAGGUCACUGAAAAGGUCACUGAAAAAAACAGCAUUGUUACAGGAGCUGAAUAUGGUAAACCAAGCAGUGGAAGUCCUGACGAGAGCCCACCUUUAAAGUCUCACUUAGGUGACAGAGAAAAUACGAAUGAUACUUCACCUUGCAACCGCAGCAGUGUGGAGAGAGAGGUAGCAGAACAUUUAGCAAAGGGGUUCUGGAGUGACAUUUACAACACAGACGCAGCCUGUCAAAUCAGCUUGUCUCCUGCAUCAGAGCAGGUCUAUUCAGAAAAGAAGGCAGAGUGUCCUUGGUUAGGCAUCAGGAUCAGUGACAGUCCGGAGCAUUGUUCUCAAAGAACUUUCACGACUUUGAGCUCUGUUAGCUGCCCUUUCAUAAAUAACCUCAGUACUGGAAACAGCACAGAAAUUGGUAGCGGUGACUGCAUACAGGAACAGCAACAAGAACUAUGUCCUUAUUCCUGUGUAGUAAGUUUGGAAGAAGAUUCUGAAACGGAUACAGAAGGCGAUAGUGAAUCCUGUUCUGCAAGAGAACAGGAAUGUGAGGUAAAGCUGCCAUUUGAUGCCCAGAAGAUAAUUUCGCUUUCUAGAAAUGAUUUUCAGUCAUGCCUGAAAAUGCACAAAUUGACACCGGAACAGCUGGAUUGUAUCCAUGACAUUAGAAGGCGAAGUAAAAACAGAAUUGCAGCACAGCGAUGUCGUAAGCGGAAGCUAGACUGCAUACAGAACCUUGAAUCGGAAAUAGAGAAAUUGCAAAGUGAAAAAGAGAGCUUGCUAAAGGAGAAGGACCACAUUUUGUCAACGCUCAGUGAGACAAAGCAGAACCUGACAGGCCUUUGUCAUCAGGUGUGUAAAGAAGCAGCCCUCAGUCAUGAGCAAAUACAGAUACUUGCAAAAUAUUCCACCUCUGAUUGCCCACUUUCAUUUUUGAUCCCAGAGAAGGAACAGCCUGCACCUUCUGAUGUGAUGUCCGCAGUACCAUUAUGUAUAGUACUAUCUAAGGAUCUUUGUGUUGAGUCUCCCGAUGGGCAUUCUAGCUAUCAGCAUGUAAAAAGCACAUGUGAUACAGGAUAUACUCAAGCACAGGAAUCAUGUCCCGUUCCUGUAAGGAUAUCAGAGAAAACAUUAUGUUUGGAGCAAUGUGUGCAGAGUGGUGGUGGUAUCACAGAUUUUUGUCAACAAAUGACUGACAAAUGCACUACAGAGUAAUCCUGUCAAUCUCAACCUGGUAGGAUUUGAAACAUAAGUCGUUAGGUAGGAAGGAUGAACUUUCUUUGUGGUGCAGUGCGUUAACUAGUACUUAAC